AUGAUCUCCAAUAACUGGACCGGUCACCGGAAUGAAACUCUCUACCAGAACGCGUCCGACGUCAACGACGCGACUACCGUACUCACCACCAUCAGCGUCGUUCUGUUCUGGAUCAACAUGGUCAUCGACGUCGUUGGCGUCAUGGGUAACGUCGUCGUCAUCGUGGUUCUGGCACAUCGUAAGAUCCGCUGCUCGACGUCAAUGCUGUUGACAGCCAUGGGAUUGUACGACUCGGCGUUCCUGAUUGCUGAAUUCAUCAACGGCGUUGAUAAGAUUAUCAGCAACGAGACUCGAAUGGCGCACACGCAUUCCACGGCGCUGUAUGUAGCGGCCACGGGGUCGGUGUACACUGCCGUUGCCGUCACUGUGGAGCGGUACAUGGCUGUUAAACAUCCGAUCAAAGCGAGAGCUCAUUGUUACGUUUUCGGGAUGUGGAAGACAAUUAUUGGUAUCUUUAUUUUGUCGCUGGUCGUCAACUUGCCAAGAAAUAUGGACUUACAUGCGAUUCGGAUUAUCGAGACUAAUACGGAUUUACGGUUUAACGAGACUGGGAAUUUGUAUACAUUUCGAAAUAACGGAACUGAUAUGAAGUUACACACAUUUCGUAUUAAUAAUGGAACCAAUAUAGAUUUGCAUACGUUUAUCGGUAACAAGACUGAUGGUGAUUCACAUAUGUUUUGGUUUAACAAGACUGACAUGGAUUUACGAACGGUUGGCGUUAACAAGACUACUGUAAUAUUUGUCGACUGUUAUGACAAAAGAGGGGAAUCCCAACACCGGUUUCUCUAUUGUUCUCUGUUUCCAGCUGCUGGAAUUCUCAUUGUUCCAUUCGCCAUCAUAGCCGUGCUUAAUGUUCACAUCGUCACUAUAAUCUCACAUCGAAGACGAAAGAUUAUGUCAUCGAUGACGCCAUCUUCCGACAAAGGUCGAGGACUGACUCGUGUUGCGCUGGGAAUUACGUUUUGCUUUUUCGUGUUCUGCACGUUCCCCGGAGUGUACUACAUAACUAGGUUUGUUGUGGGCUACAGUUUUGGCGUUUUCGAUGGAAUCACGGAAAGUAUUUCAUACACACUGCUGGUUAUUAAUUUUUCAACCAACUUCAUUCUGUAUUGCUUUCUUGGUGAAACCUUUCGGCUUGUAUGUUUAGAAAUGUUUUGCUGUUACACGGUCAGUGCUCAUAGACAAAAUAGCAAAACGAGUUCUGUAAGGAUUGGUCAAUAUACCCAGAACUCGCUUGAUAAAUCUAGCAUCUGA